GCAGGCAGGGCUGAAGUUGGGCGAGGGCUGGGAGCGGGAGGUGGGCGUGCGCCGGGGAGCGUCGGGUCCCCGCGGCCUCCGCCGACCCCGGGCUGUGAACCCGAGCCCGCCCCGCGCCUCGCUGCCCGGGACCAGCGCCGAGCCGGCUGCCCCUCCGCGGUCCUCGAGUCCAGGGUGGUUGCUGUAUAUGGAACUUUAUCUGAUUUGCUUUCUGUGGCCAGCAGUAAACUCGGCAUAAAAGCCACCAGUGUGUAUAAUGGGAAAGGUGGACUGAUUGAUGAUAUUGCUUUGAUCAGGGAUGAUGAUGUUUUGUUUGUGUGUGAAGGAGAGCCAUUUAUUGAUCCUCAGACAGAUUCUAAGCCACCUGAAGGAUUAUUAGGAUCCCACACAGACUGGCUAACAUUAAAUGUUGGAGGGCGGUACUUUACAACUACACGGAGCACUUUAGUGAAUAAAGAACCUGACAGUAUGCUGGCCCACAUGUUCAAGGACAAAGGCGUCUGGGGAAAUAAGCAAGAUCAUAGAGGAGCUUUCUUAAUCGACCGGAGUCCUGAGUACUUUGAACCCAUUUUGAACUACUUGCGUCAUGGACAGCUUAUUGUAAAUGAUGGCAUUAACUUAUUGGGUGUAUUAGAAGAAGCCAGAUUUUUUGGUAUUGACUCACUGAUUGAACACCUAGAAGUGGCUAUAAAGAAUUCCCAACCACCAGAGGAUCAUUCACCAAUAUCCCGAAAGGAAUUUGUUCGAUUUCUGCUAGCAACUCCAACCAAGUCAGAAUUACGUUGCCAGGGUUUAAACUUCAGUGGUGCUGAUCUUUCUCGUUUGGACCUUCGAUACAUUAACUUCAAAAUGGCCAACUUAAGUCGCUGCAACCUUGCACAUGCAAAUCUCUGCUGUGCCAAUCUUGAACGAGCUGAUCUUUCUGGAUCAGUUCUUGAUUGUGCAAAUCUCCAGGGAGUCAAGAUGCUUUGUUCUAACGCAGAAGGUGCAUCCCUGAAACUGUGUAAUUUUGAGGAUCCUUCUGGUCUUAAAGCCAAUUUAGAAGGUGCUAAUCUGAAAGGUGUGGAUAUGGAAGGAAGUCAGAUGACAGGAAUCAACCUCAGAGUUGCUACCUUGAAAAAUGCAAAGUUGAAGAACUGCAACCUCAGAGGGGCGACUCUGGCAGGAACUGAUUUAGAGAACUGUGAUCUGUCUGGGUGUGACCUUCAGGAAGCCAACUUGAGAGGUUCCAAUGUGAAGGGGGCUAUAUUUGAAGAGAUGCUGACACCACUACACAUGUCCCAGAGUGUCAGAUGAGAAUUUCAGGGGCUGGAGGAAGAUGUCCGAGAUGAAAAAUGUUCUCCUAAUCAUUUUCUUUCUCCACCCACUCAGUUAUCUAGAAAAAGUAACACUGUAAAGGGAUUGAAAAAAAAAAAGUUUAGAGGAUUAUGCUUGUUCUCAGCAGUGCAUAAGGGGGAAAAAAAUCGAAUUUUUUCCAUAUUCUGAUUUUAACAGAAAAGCACUCAUUUAAUAGAUGUAGGGAAACUUAGAUUAUAUUGCUGCCUUUUGAAUGGGGUAGGGAGAUUUGCCUGGUUUUAUGACCAAGAAUAUAGUAUCUAUUUUAUUUGCUUUUAAAUAGGCAUGACAUGGAAAUCCAUCUUGGAUUAAGAUGCAUUUGAAGAAAUUUAAUUUAUGAAAAGCACAACAUAUGCAAUUAUAUUUAUUGAAUACCUAGAUGCAGUAUAGAUAUUUAAAUUGUUAAACUUUAUGAAAAGUUUGGAAAGGUUCAGGUUUAUAAAUAGCUUUAGCGAUACCUCCCCUCUUGCUGUACCUGUCACACUGUAUGAAUAUGGUGAGGUCAUACUCCCUAAGGCUCUCUUUUCAGGUUUAUUUUUAUAAUGUUUACUUUUAGAACAAAAGAGUAGCUAAAUUAAAGAAAUAUCCUGUUGUUACUAUUGAGGCAGAGAGGAAGGGAAGACAUCAUUGUUCAUCUUUAUCAUACUGAAGGUUCAUCGGAACUCUCCAGAUGAAGGACAAAUUUGCCUGUAGUUACAAUUUUAGAUGAGCAUUCCUCAGAAGUUCAUUCUAGGCAGGUUCCACUCAGCAUCAGGCCAGGAAGUUCUGUCUAUUUACACUACUAAUGUACUUUUCUCAGAUACGGUCAACACAAGCAUAGGAUGAUGCUUCAAAACCAAAAAACCAAGGUGCAACUUUAAUAGUCAUUUAAUUAAAAUGUCAAAUGGUUUAAAUUGGGCCAAAACUGCUGCAGUUAAGAGUAUAAAAUACAAAUAAAAAGGGCAAAGUCACCUUUUAGAAGGCGACGAAAUUGCAGCUAAAAUCUUACAGUGGGAAAUGAGGUUGUUUAAACUGGCUGUUUGAUUUACCAUCAAAAGAAAAUAACAAAAACAAAGGCAUUUGGCUGACCUAAGAUACUAAUCAGUCAGCACCUGUGGUUCUUUUACUUAUAUUAUCUGUCGUGUACCUUUGAUUUUCUAUUCAAAUUGUAACCCAAUUUUCCUGAGUCAUUUUAUUUCUGCAGCAACAGAGACAGGGCCUUUACUUCCCUCCCAAUAUCCCAGUGUCCUUAUAUCUGCCCCUGAGCAGGGAUAUAAGCUGUGUCCAAAUGGGUUCUGAAUCCUGCAUACUCAUCAGUUUGAGGUAACGAAUCAUUAAAAACCACUCUGUCUCCUUCGGGAGCAGGAUGUGUUUCAGUUUCCGUAGCUUACUCUUCUAUAUCUACAUAUGCACAGCUUUCCUAACGGUAAAGGGCGCAUAUGCACAAGAGGGAGGGGAUCGGACCUUUACAGGUGAAGGAAAGCAACUUUAGAAAUGAAUUAUUUUCUUUGCUUUAUUAUUUUUACCUAGACAGAGAAGUAUUGUAUUGAGAGAUAUCUAUUUUCAUAAUCAAUAUGUGCCUAAAUAUUUAAAUCAUUUCACUCUGUACUAUAUUUUCAAUAAUUAUAGAAUGUGUUGUUCAUUCACUUAAGGGUACCUCUGUAGACAAACCUAAAACUGCAGAAGGUUUUGAAAGAACUGAACAUGGUGUUCUCAGAAACUGCAGGCUUGGGAUCUAAUGUAUACUGCAUUAAUAAAUGAUAUAA